CGCAAAAAGCCUGAGCCGCCGAAAAACGCGUAUUUAUUUAUCGAUAUCUCUCCGCCAUAUCAUAUUAAAUAAUACAACACCACGCACAUCUCUUCCACAUUAUCCCCUACCGCCUUCAACGACGACAGAGAGAAAAUAAAAUAUCCGUCAAACGCUAUUGUAACCGAAUCAAUUAAAUCACAAUAUCUCUUACACCGGCAAGAUUGCACAGUGAUUCGCGUAUCCCCGCUCCUCCGACCUCCACCCUAUCUACACACGCGUGAAUUAAAGAGAGUCGGAAAAUAUUACAACCUCCCCCCUCCCUCUCUCCCUCCCGAAAUAAUCGAGUCCACGGCCAAAACAAAAACCUUCACACUCAGCUAUAUCUCCCAAGUCGUAUAUAUUUAUACAGUAAUAUAUAUAUUUGCCCACGUCCUACACACCCUCCCAAAUGCCGCCGCGGAAAUCCUCGUCUUCCGCCGCAGAGGCCAGCAGUCAUGAUGAAGAACAGAACGCGGUAGCGGAGGGCUCGAAAACAACCGGGAGUGGUGCGGACCCUAUUGAAACCGGUGUAAAUGUUGAGGACUACCUCCUCCCGCGAGCUCUCACACAACGAUUGGCAAAGAGCGCUUUGCCUCCGAAUACCUCAAUACAGAAAGAUGCGUUGCUAGCAAUAUCCAAGGCCGCCACGGUAUUCGUCUCGUAUCUCUCAUCACACGCAAAUGAAGAAACCGAAAAGAAAACCAUAACCCCACAAGACGUCUUCGCCGCCCUUUCCCAGAUAGAAUUCGAAGCUUUCCUCCCGCGCCUCGAGCGCGAAUUAGCCGUGUAUACUGAAGCCGCAGCGCAGAAGCGGAGGGUGAAAAAGGAUCGCAAAUCUGCCGCCACCGUUGCGACGACAGGGGUAGGAGCUGGCGUUGGUGCGGCGGGGGUCGUUUCUGCUGCGGAUGAAAGUGAAGAUGAUGAUGAGGGUGGGAGGGGAGAACCAGGUGCUAAGCGGCUGAAGCGAGAUGGCGAGGGUAGCACGGAGAUGGCGAUUGGGAGGUCGAGGCCUGGCGUUGGUAGCGGGAAGGGGGUGGAGGGGGAGGGGAGGGGUGGAGGGGAUAUUGCUGGUGAUGGUGAUGGUGGUGAUGAUGAGACGGAGGAAAUGGAGGAGGAGGAUGUGUUGGAUGAUGACGAGGAGGAGGAGGAGGAAGGAGAAGAGGAGGAGGAGGAGGAGGAGGAGGAGGAGACGCAGCACAGUGGGCGGGAUGGGGAUGAGAUUGAUAUCGAUGCUGAUGCGAGUGAUACGGCUAGGAGGAGGAGGGGAGGGAUGCAUCCGGACCUAGAUUCGGGGAGUGAUAGUGAUAGUGAUGGGCUGUGAUUUGGGUAUUUAUGGGUUCUAAGGUAUUUAAGGUAUUGGGUUAGAUGUACUUGGCCAGCCUUUUUUUCUCAUGUUUGUUUGCCUUUGGUUCUUUGUUAUCGCGUUAGUUUUCCUUUUUGCUCCCCGUGUUAAGCUUUACUAUCACUACCAUUAUUUGUAGUUGUUGACUUAGUUGCGAGGAUAAUGGCUGUGUGUGAUGCGGGUUAAAUCAACCACGGUGGUCCUAUCACUUCAGAUACAUAUUUCUCUCUUGGUAUUAUUAUUACCCUAUCAUUAUCACUAUUUCUAUUAUGGAUCAAAUAUGCCAUCCCACCCAUAGUAUCUCGUUCCGGAGUAUCAG